AUGCUUGAUAAGUAUGAUGCAUGCGACAAUCAUUGGUUAGAGCAGACUUUUCGCGUGAAGGAGAAAUGGGAAUGGCCAUAUAUUAUGAAUUCUUGGGCAGCUGGAAUGAGUACUACUCAACUUAGUGAAUCCUUCAAUGCAUUUUUGAAAGAUUAUCUGAAUUGUGACCAUAACUUGAUGGAGUUCUUCAUGCAUUUUGAGAGGGUGCUUUAUGAGAAGAGGUAUAAGGAAUUUGAAGCCGAGUAUAAUUUGUCCCAAAAAUUGCUGAGGGUUUUAAUUCCAACUUUGAUGUUAAAGCAAGUGGCAGAGAUUUACACGAAAACAAUUUUUGAGGAAUUCCAAAAUGAGUACGUGCAGUCCAUUGAAGCAUCCAUUAUAGGCACUAUUAAUGAUAGUGAGAGUACCAUAUUCACAAUAAGAACAAUGGUAGGUGGAAAAAAAGAUAAAAUUGUGACAAUGGAUAGAGGGGGUUCUUUGAGUUGCAGUUGCAAGAAGUUUGAAGUGAAGGGCAUACUAUGUCGACAUUGUGUGAAAGUGCUUAGAGAUAUAUUCAAUGCAAUGGAACUUCCUCCACAAUAUAUACUCAAACGAUGGACUAAAACAGCAAGGGCUGAAAGUGUGAAAGAUAGACGUGGGUAUGAAGUAAAGGCUGAUGUGAAACUACAUCAAAGUGACCGAUAUCGAUCAUUAAUGACCAUGUUUAGAGCAAUAGCGAGUAGAGCUGCUGAAAGUAAAGAAACUUAUCAGUUGUUAGUUUCAAAAGGUGAAAAAUUGAGUGUAAUGGUUGAAGACAAAUUAAGUGUCCACAUUUGUGGUCAAGUGGAGGGUGCCGCUGAUUAUACUCCCCAAUAUGAAUCUCAGCCUCAUUUCGGCAUGGGUAAUAAUUCUAUUCAGGCCGGUGCUACUGUUUAUACUUUUCAAGGUGAAUCACAACCUCAUUUCGUCAUGGGUGGUAAUUCUAUUCAGGAUCAUGGUGUUGGUGUCUAUAUUUCUCAAUCACAACCUCGUUUCGUCAUGGGUAGUAAUUAUAAUCAGGAUCAUCGUCAUGAUAUCUACAUUUCUCCAUCUCAACAUCGACCUCAAGUUCUCAUGGGUGGUACAAGUGGUCCUCCUCUUACGUAUGGUACAUAUGAUGGACAGUCAAUGCCUUCUGUGUAUCCUACUCACAGAUCUUUUCAGGAGUUGCUUCGAGGUACAAGUGUUCAACACUUUGCAGUCCAAGUCUCGCAAGCGUCACAUAGUCCUGCUGAUAGUCAUGUAGAUGGACAUCCCUGA